GCUUAUCACGCCUCAACAGUGAGCAGCGCUGCCAGACGUACAGGGAGAACACAGAGGCUGAUGGAUGACUUCCCUGCACACAUUUGACAGACUUGUCAGGCAGCAAAGAUCAUACAAAAUAAAGUUUUGUGUGGUUCGGUAGUACCUUGGUCUGCCUGGUGCAUCAGUGCGGCGGAACAUCCGAGAUCGUUCAACGCCGUUGUUUGAUGCACGCCUGCAUUUACCCUCGCCCAAACAAGGGGGGAGACGCGUAAUCUGAAAGAGCAGCUUGAACGACAAUACCGGGGGGUUUAUGAAAGAAAGAGAUGCACGCGUGGUGAGACAGAAGACAAGACGCUUUGUGAUCAGCGGCGAGCUACUCAUUGUUCCUGUGCCAGUGCUCCACCCGGCAUGAUUUAGGCUGAGAUAAAAUGCAAUAAAGAUCCUGACACACAUGACCGGGACUAAAAACACCAGGGUUAUCGUUUCUGGAGGCAGCCAUCAACGUGACGAGGGACAGCUCGGAGUGGCAACUCAGCGAAUCGACCCAAACUUGACGUGAGUUUUUCCACACCGGCCCACGAGACCCCUCGCCCCAGUGUGUGUGUCUGAGGAGAGCGACCCCGAGCAGCCACCAUGCCCAUCCUCAAGCAGCUCGUGUCGGGCUCGUCGCAGACCAAGCGCCGCUCGCGUAUGGACCUGACCCGGGAGAUGAUCAGCGCCCCGCUGGGCGACUUCCGCCACACCAUGCACGUGGGCCGCAGCGGUGACGCCUUCGGAGACACCUCCUUCCUCAGCACCCGCUCCGGGGAGCCCCCCCGCGAGGCGCAGGCCUACCCCCACUCGCCCCGCCCGGGCCUGCUGUCCCGCACCUUCCGGAGCAGCAAGCGCUCCCAAUCCGUCACCAGGGUGGACCAGCACGACGGCGCGCUAGCGCCCUCCGGUGGCUCGCCCACCUACGUCAAGAACGCCAUGUCCCUGCCCUUCCUCAACGACGAGGACGGCGACCGAGUGGAGGUCGGCAGGGUCCCCCAGAGCCUGUCCUCCAGCCCGCUGAAGCAGCCGAACGACCUGGACGGACGGCCCUCCAACGGGGCGGACGGCGCCCGCUCCCUGGAGCUGGACGAGAGGAGCUUCGGCGAGUUGACGGACCUGCCCGGCUUCAUGCAGCCCUACGGAGGGGGCAUGAAGAAGGCCGAGUCGGUCAUGUCCUUCCACAUCGACCUGGGGCCCUCCAUGCUGGGGGACAUCCUGGGGGUGAUGGAGAAGGAGGACGACGACCUGGGCUACGAGGAGGGCGGGAACAGCGAGGGCCGCGCCUCGCCGCCCCUGGCUGCCCACGGCGACGGGGAGGACGGGACGGAGGUCGGAGGAGAGGAGGAGGAGGAGGAAGAGGUGGAGGAUAGAGGAGAGGAACGGGAGGAGGAGGGAGUGGAGGAGAAGGAGGAGGAGGAGGUGGUAGAGGUCGAGUCGCAGCAGUCCUCGGAGCGCCCCCCCAGCUCAGUGGAUCUGGAGCAGGAAAACGGGGGUCCCUACACCCCAGAGUACACGCCGGAACUCCAGCCCAAACACCUGCUCCACCUGGACAGCUGCUCCGUAUCUAGCUCUGGAUCUGCCGCCGCCGCGGACGACAAGCCGGCCGGCCAGGCCCGGGGAGGGGACACGGAUAGCGCCACCUUCAGCGUCCCCCCGGAGGAAGAGAGCAACUUCUCCUCCUUCAUGGAGGACGAGGACGACGAGAUCCGCGUAUGAGUUCCGUCGAAGCGCCUUCCCAGCCCAGGAUCGCAAUGUGCAGAGAGUCGAGAACUGGAGGACGAGAGGAGAGGCGGCCCCCGCCCCUCUUCGGCGCACGGACGUGUCCGCCGGAAUGAAGCGGCUGCCGUGUUUCCGUGGGAGUACGAGCGCGUUCGGACGGGGAGGGGGACGCGAAGGGUCUGGUGUUCCUGCGGAGAGAAUCCACGGCACGGUUCUGUCUGGAGGGGCCGCAAACCCCAUCUGUCAUCCUGCUCCCAGUCCUUCGAUCUGCACACUGAGGGAGCUGACACGUGGGACUGCGUGUUGUUAGUUUAUUAUGGAACAUUCCGGAAUGUUGGGACGAGCG